CUCUGGCUGUCAGAGAUGGGCUGGGACCUAGGCCCAGAAGGCGGGGUUAGCCCCGAGGGGUCGGGGCCAUAAAUAAGAGGGUCGCGUGUCAGGGAGAUAAACAUGAGGGGGUGCUGGGCCUGAACAGAGUCACCAGGGGCUGUUCCGAGCUGGAGUCCAGGGAGGCGGAGCGCCAGUGCCCAGGCCAGCGCCAGAGUCGGAGCGGCAUCGAUAGCGGCAGCGCCAGCACCAGCACCCGCGCCCUCACCAGCCGAGCCCCAGUUCAGCCUCAGCCCAAGAGCCCCCAGUGGGCUGCAUCCGCGCCAUCCCGUCGGUGCCCAUCCCCGGAGGGCAGCGGGACCAGGAGGGGCGCUCGCCUCGGCCAGGCGCGGAGCGGCCCCGGGGUGCGCUUCGGCCAGGGGGGCGCUGCCAGCAUGCCUGCCGCCUUCCGUGCCUGGUGGCUGCCCGGGCUGCUGCUGGGACUCAGCCUGCAGUUCCGGGCCGGAGUGGAGGCGUGCAGCUGCGCCCCCGCGCACCCCCAACAGCAGCUCUGUGCCUCGGCCAUAGUGAUCCGGGCCAAAGUGAUCAGUGAAAAAGUGGUCCCUGCCAGUGACAACACUGCUGACACCCAGAAACUGAUCCAGUAUGAAAUCAAACAGAUAAAGAUGUUUAAAGGGUUCGAUAAGGUGAAGGACGUUCAGUAUGUCUACACGCCGCAUGACUCCUCUCUCUGUGGGGUCAGGCUAGAUGCCAAUAAGAAGAAACAGUAUCUCCUCUCUGGUCAGAUUUUAGAUAAUGGCAAAGUAUUCAUCACUCUGUGUAGCUACAUUGAACACUGGGAUGAUCUGUCCUCUCUGCAGAAGAAGAAUCUGAAUCAUCGCAAUCACAUGGACUGCACUUGCAGGAUCACUACCUGCUACACAGUGCCCUGUUCCGUCUCGGCCCCCAAUGAGUGUCUUUGGACAGACUGGCUGAUUGAGCGGAAGCUCUUUGGGCACCAGGCCCAGCAUUAUGCUUGUGUCAAGCGUAGCGAUGGCACUUGUGGCUGGUACUGGGCCGGCCUCCCUCUUGAGAAGGAAUUCAUCGACAUCAGUGAGCCCUAAAGAAAAGCAUCACCACAUGCCUAGCCCCAGCCUCCGAGUGGCCGGGAGGCCAGUUCCAUCCAUCCAUCCAUCCAUCCAUCCAUCCAUCUAUAUAGCCAUCUACCAUCCAUCCAUGCAUCCAUCCAUGCAUCCAUCUCUCCAUCCAUCCCUGCACAGCUUCUCUUGCUUAACGUAGCCGCCGCUUAGGAAUGCUGCCAACCUCAUGGAAGGUACCAGAGUGUGUGGAAUCAGAGGCUCAAGUUCCUGGAGGUGGUUGUUCCAAGAAGACCAGUCAGGCUUGCUGUCCAGAGCCCCAAUCUGUGCUGGGAAAAGCAAGGUCAGCCCAGCCAAAGGGCCAUUGGCCUGUUUUUUCAUUUGCCCCUAUUGCUGAGCAGGUUCUGAAGAGAGAAUUCAUGCAUGAUGUAUAAAUGCAUCAAUCCUUUUGAUCGGGCCGGGGCUUGUUUCUAUCCCUCUCCAAAAACAAAACGUUGAAAUGGCAAUGAAAGCACUUCCUACGUCUGGAGUUGACAUGGUGAAGGCUGAAUAUUAUACAGUGUGUGCACAAAUUAUUAAUAGCCCCAUAUUGUACAAAAAUAAUCACUGUGAUCAAGGCAAGUGAAAUGGGUUGAUUGGGGGAAUGAUUAAAAUGCAUCUUGUACCCUU